CGGAAACCCUCAACCAUCAAGUCUCAUCGCAUCAAAAAUGGGUUCGACUCGUCUUUACUCCAAGGGCCGCAUCCUCGGACACAAGCGUGCCAAGCGCAACUCGUCGCCCAACCAGUCCUUGAUCGCCAUUGACGGUGUCGACACCAAGGAGGCUGCCCGUGCCUACCUCGGCAAGCGCGUCGCCUACGUCUACAAAGCCAAGCGUGAGAUCAACGGCUCGCGUGUCCGCGUCAUCUGGGGCCGCAUCUCGCGCCCCCACGGCAACUCUGGCGUCGCCAAGGCCAAGUUCGCCACCAACCUCCCCGCCAAGGUCUUUGGCGCUUCGGUCCGCAUCAUGCUCUUCCCCUCGACCAUCUAAGUGGUCGUCUGGAACGAACAACAACAUCCCACCGUCUCUGUUCGGCCGGCCUCCUUCGGGGCCGGGCGAGCUUGCAUAGCGCAGCCCCUGGGCCUUUGAUACGAGAGAAUGUAUUUAGGGUCUCGCAGUUAGA